AUGGCCAAUCCAGAGACCUUUGAGCUAGUCAAGAGGCGCCUCGAAGAGAUCCCUUCCCUUACUUUUCAACAUCAAUCGACGCCAUAUGUCCAUGCUCAAAUCCUCUCUGCUGGUGAAGGUGUAGCGGCGAUUCCAUCCAUAUCCGCACAGUCUAUGGUGUCUGCGCCAAUGGAUCCAUUUCCUGAUCUGAUAAGCCGGGAGAAGCGGCGGCUAUUAUCUUUGGAUGUCCGGGAUAUACCAUUUACCCAGUUUAUGGCAGUCUUUCAUGAACUAGUUGCCAUCAUGUUGGCUUGCUACCUAGACAUGAGCCAGGCAGAUGUGGUAGUUUCGGAUUUCCAAAAACUGUUUGAUCUCUUCAUGGCUUGGUCACACCAUUUCUACUCCGUACUGCCUGAGAAACUGGACAGUGACCUUUCCCCCUGGCGAGCCUGGGUGAUCUCAGAAAGCGCCCGGAGGACGAUGAUCUCCAUCGUCAUGAUCCGAGGAAUCAUGGAGACCGUGCAACACGGGUACUGCUAUUAUCGUCCAGGUGUCGAGUCUCUACCCUUCGAUGCCAGGACCGGUCUGUGGGAGGCUAGGACCGAAGAGGAGUGGGAGGCUGCGCUGGCCAUGCAUGGCGGUGCAGAGUGCAGUCUGAUGUCCUGGCACGAGUUCAUCGAGAGUGGUGGCCCGACGCCUCGUCCGCAGUAUGAUGGCAUGUUGCAACGGCUGCUUCUAGCGGGGCACUUUGGUAAGGCUGCACAAACCUGA